UGUGUCUUAAACAGGGUCAGUGUGCUAACGGCACAUGCAGGAAACCUGACUGUCCCACUCAAUAAUCUAUCUAUUGGAGACAUGUUGAAAUUUGUGUUGCUUCUCUUUGCUGUGGCUGGUUUCAAUGCUAGACCUUUGCAAUAUAAUGAUCUUCGGAUCCAGAAUGGUGGAUGGGUCAUUGGAGCCCCACAGCUGGUACAAGAUGGACAAGAAUACAUGGGGAACGCUGAACCUGCUAAACACCCCAGACAAGACCCAGAGUCUGAACCUCAGUGGGAAGUUGUUCUUGCUCCAUCCCAUACAGAAAAGAUGAGAGCUGAUGUGAACCAGAAAGUUGCUCCCAUUGAGAAGCACAGACAAGACACCGAACCAUCUAAGCGCUUUGUGGUGGAUCUGAACACCGGCUUGCUAAAGGAAUACGUCGUCUACAAUCCUGCAUCCAACCCUGAGUUCAGACAGGGCACUCAGAACUCUCGUGUAACCCUGGUGAACACCAGAACAGGGCAGCAGUUGCCUCAGCUAUCAGAGAUGCAGAGGAGAGCAGAACCAUUGUCUCAGUUCAGACAAGGCACAGAGUACAGUGAGCCAACCUUGAUGGAGCUCAGGAAACCCCAGAUGAUGAGGAGCAUGGACAAAUCCAAAGUUAACAAACAGGAAGCCACCCACAAAUCCUACAAUCCUGUAUCCAAUCCUGAGUUCAGACAGGGCACUCAGGACUCUCGUGUAACUCUGGUGGACAUCAAAACAGGACGUCAGUUGCCUCAGCUAACAGAGAUGCAGAGGAGAGCAGAACCAUUGUCUCAGUUCAGACAAGGCACUGAGUACAGUGAGCCAACCUUGAUGGAGCUCAGGAAACCCCAGAUGAUGAGGAGCAUGGACAAAUCCAAAGUUAACAAACAGGAAGCCACCCACAAAUCCUACAAUCCUGUUUCCAAUCCUGAGUUCAGACAGGGCACUCAGGACUCUCGUGUAACUCUGGUGGACAUCAAAACAGGACAUCAGUUGCCUCAGCUAACAGAGAUGCAGAGGAGAGCAGAACCGUUGUCUCAGUUCAGACAAGGCACUGAGUACAGUGAGCCAACCUUGAUGGAGCUCAGGAAACCCCAGAUGAUGAGGAGCAUGGACAAAUCCAAAGUUAACAAACAGCAAGCCACCCACAAAUCCUACAAUCCUGCAUCCAAUCCUGAGUUCAGACAGGGCACUCAGGACUCUCGUGUAACUCUGGUGAACAUCAAAACAGGGCAGCAGUUGCCUCAGCUAACAGAGAUGCAGAGGACAGCAGAACCGUUUGAGUUCAAACAAGGCACUGAGUUCAGUCUGGUGGCCUUGAUGAAUCUCAGGAAGACACAGAUGCCGGCCAAAACCCCACACUCUGCACAGGACACGGAAACCAAUGAGGUGUAUCCUGAGUUCAAACGUGGCAUUCAAUAUUCACAAGCUCAAAGACGACACAUCAUGGAUCAACAGCGUUUCCAAGCUCUAGAAAGUAAUGAAGUGGAUAUUUCUUCCACCAUGGAGGAGUUCGGACAUGGUAUGCAAUCCAGCCAUGACAGUAUAAUAGAUAGACGAAUCAUGGAGCCCUCUUAUGUGAAGCAAUAAAUCUUUCAUGAAGCUGAAGAUGUUUUUUGAUGGACAGCAGUACACUGUGGCCUGAAAAGAGCAUCCAUUUCUUCAUAUCCUGUACAGUGUCAAAAUCCCUGAGGAGCGAAACUGUCUGUUUUAUCAAGAGAUCAUCCACUGACUUGCCUAAUUACAAGGAGGAUGUAUUUUCUCUGAAAUGAAUUCAAAAUCAAUUAAUAUUUUACAA